ACUGCUGCACACGGCCCGUCCCCUUACGGGGCUGCGCUGGAGAAAGUCAGGUUCAGGGUCGUGAGUUUCCCGACUCUCGUGAAUUCGGGUUCCAGACGGGGCCUCGUUCCUGUGGCGUCCGCCAUCCCUGCAGGCGUCACCACCAGCACCGUCACCACCAGCAUCUUCCUGGAAGCUCCACCGCUGCAUAUCGCUCCACACAGCUGGAAUCCUCCCCCGAUCGCCAUGGCCUGGCCUUUCCUAAAGGUUUUGCUGGUGGGGGCCAGUCUGCUGGGAUGUCUUUAUCCUCUCGUGGAUUUUAGCUCCAGUGGGGAAACAAGAGACCAGAAACCGAAUUUCGUGAUCAUCUUGGCAGAUGACAUGGGGUGGGGUGACCUGGGAGCGAACUGGGCAGAGACGAAGGACACCGCCAACCUUGAUAAGAUGGCUGCGGAAGGAAUGAGGUUUGUGGAUUUCCACGCGGCUGCGUCGACCUGCUCGCCGUCGCGGGCCGCCCUGCUCACCGGCCGGCUCGGCCUCCGCAAUGGAGUCCCUCGCAACUUCGCGGUCGCCUCUGUGGGGGGCCUUCCGCUCAACGAGACCACCUUGGCCGAAGUGCUGCAGCGGGCUGGCUACGUCACCGCGUUGAUCGGCAAGUGGCAUCUUGGGCACCACGGCUCUUACCACCCCAACUUCCGAGGGUUUGAUUACUACUUUGGAAUCCCGUACAGCCAUGACAUGGGCUGCACUGAUACCCCCGGCUACAACCACCCCCCUUGCCCGGCAUGUCCACGGGGCGGUAGACCGUCAAGGGGCCUUGAGAAGGGCUGUUACUCUGACGUGGCCCUUCCCCUCUAUGAAAACCUCAACAUCGUGGAGCAGCCCGUGAACUUGAGCGGCCUCGCGCAGAAGUACGCCGAGAAGGCUACCCAGUUCAUCCAGUGGGCGAGUGCCAGCGGAAGACCCUUCCUGCUCUACGUGGGCCUGGCCCACAUGCACGUGCCCUUGUCCAGGAACCCGCUGUCAGCAGAAGCCGGGGGUCGAAGGCCGUACAGCGCGGCUCUCCGGGAGAUGGACAGCCUCGUGGGCCGGAUCAAGGACAAAGUUGACCUCACAGCUAAAAACAACACAUUCCUUUGGUUUACAGGGGACAAUGGCCCAUGGGCUCAGAAGUGUGAGCUGGCAGGGAGCGUGGGACCCUUCACCGGAUUGUGGCAAACUCGUCAAGGGGGAAGCGCAGCCAAGCAGACCACCUGGGAAGGCGGGCACCGAGUCCCGGCCCUGGCUUACUGGCCCGGCAGGGUCCCCGCCAACGCCACCAGCACGGCUUUGCUGAGCUCCAUGGAAACUUUGAAUCACGUAAGCGCCUUUCCAGUGAUGUGUAUCGGUCAUGAUUCAUACCGAGGCGGCCUUACGUUUCCAGCCCAAAGCCACCGACUUGCCAAGGGUGCCGGCCAUUUAUUUCUACCAAACCUUGUCCUUGGGAACCCUGAACUAGGUGUUUCCAUUCUGGAGGGUGAUUCUUUUUAUUUUUUUAUUUUUGGGGGGGCCACGCCACUUGGCUUGCAGGAUCUUAGCUCCGCGACCAGGGCUCGAACCCGUGCCCCCUGCAGUGGAAGCGCGGAGUUGGCGGGUGAUUCCUGCAUUGAUGACUUGCUCGGUCUGAGUGCGGUGGCACGGAGUCAGAGGGGAUCUGUGUUUGGAGGGAAGGCCGUGCCCAGUUCUGGAGAAAUCACACGGAGACGCCCUGACGUGAGAGAGAGUCGACUGCAUGCUGAAGAAGCCGUUUUUCAAAGAGAUCCAAGGAUCACCACCGAUCUGUGUCAGGCUCCCUGGGAAUAUUUCCAAAACAUGCAGAUCCCAGGCCCCAUCUUGACCCUGAGGGGUGGGGCUCAGACGGGGGCCAGCCUCCUGGGUGGGUGACCCCUGCUGUCACAGAGGGACCCGCACUUACAAGGACCCUGUGCUUGCUUUAAAGCACACGUGCUGUGGCCACCUUGAAAUUCUUAAUUUUUUUUUUUGUGUGU